GGCGGAAGUCUCGCUCUGCCAUGUUGAGCGCUUUGUUUCUGUGAGUGAGACGCGAUGAUGGAGCAGAGCUGGAGCUCUUUCUUAUUCCAGCAGGCUAAUGAAGCCCUACACCACCAGCACCAGGUGGCGCCAAACAGCCUGCUGCCACUGCUGAACUCUGAGCCACAGGACCAGAAGCCUGUGAUGCCCAUCCCGCUGGACCACAAGCCCCCUGUCAGCGCAGCCGAGCUCCUCAAGGACAAUGUAGCCAGCGGGACCGGGGGAGGAGGGGGUGGGAGCGCUGGAGGGGGCGGUCCGAUGGUCGUGGUCAAGAAAGAGCACAAGAGCAAGACGCCGUUCAUCUGCGGCUACUGCAACAAGGCCUUUCGUGACAGCUACCACCUUCGCCGCCACGAGUCCUGCCACACCGGCAUCAAAAUGGUGUCCAGACCCAAGAAGACGGCGCAGGGGGCGCCCACCAUGGUCUCGCUCAUCUCCACCAUGCCCCGCGAGACCACGGGCGACCCUUCCUACAUCUCGACCGUCGCCGGCAUCCUCUCCACGCCGACCACUUCCACGUCCUCCGCUUCCACUAUCAUGUCCUCCACGUCCAUGUCCAACGUGACCCAGCACAGUGCUCCCAAAAAGCCACCCAAGCCCGUAAAAAAGAACCACGGCUGUGAAAUGUGCGGGAAAGCCUUCCGGGACGUUUACCAUCUGAACCGUCACAAGCUGUCGCACUCGGACGAAAAACCGUUCGAGUGUCCUAUAUGCCAGCAGCGCUUUAAGAGGAAAGAUCGCAUGACGUACCACGUGCGCUCGCACGACGGGGGCGUCCACAAACCCUACGUCUGUUCAGUGUGCGGAAAGGGCUUCUCAAGGCCUGACCAUCUCAGCUGCCACGUAAAGCAUGUUCACUCCUCAGAGAGACCUUUCAAAUGCCAAGUAACGGCCUGUACAUCAGCCUUUGCCACCAAAGACAGACUUCGGUCGCAUAUGAUUCGGCACGAGGGUAAAGUCACGUGCAACGUGUGCGGAAAGAUGCUGAGCGCUGCCUACAUCACCAGCCACUUAAAAACACACGGCCAGACCAACUUUAACAAUGCCUGUAACAAAGGAGACUGGCAGUGGAACCACUCAGGGCUCCGAAAAGACAACACUGACGUCUGCAACUCUGCCUCCUCCACACCGGUCUCGGUCUCGUCCCCCAUCACCACUGCAAUGAACCGUGGCCACACCAGCAACCCCGUGACCAUAGCAGCCCAGAUGAACAUCUCCACCAACACGGUCAACAUCACGUCUCCCGUCAGCCUGCAGCACCCGGUGACCAUCACCGGCCCGGUGAACAUCGCCUCCGUCAACAUCCCGGCCACAGCGCCCAUGAACAUCGCCCACCCGGUGGCCAUCACGACACCCAUGUCCAUGAACAUCGGCGGCCCGCUCAACAUCGCCAUGAGAUCAAUGGACAGCAUGUCCUUCCUGUCCCAAGUCUUGCCGUCUUCUCCCUGGUAGAAGCGGCCUUUCUGUGUGGCAUGAAGCAGCACGGGUCGAUCCAACUCUCUCCUUGGCCUUUGGAUACGUUUGCAUUUUGCGCGCGAGGUGAGCAGCUCGGCAUGAGCACUUCAAACCCCGACGGACGUUUUUAAGGACGAAUGCAAUACUCGAUGUGCAUUUCGAACACUUUUUUUUAUAAGCAGAGAGUGACGGAGAUGUCGGCGUGAUCAGUAUUUAAGAAAAUUCAUUAGAAAGUGACUUUAGCUUCCAUUGGGAGGGAUUUUUAAUUUUUUUUUGUAUUAUUUCGAUGUCCGUGUAGCAGCUUUGAAGAGGUAAAGUUUUUGUUUUCUUUUAUUAAUAGUGUUCGGCCGGUCACGGUUUACGACUUUUUAGUUUGUCUGAGGGGAGGGCAGCUUCCUUUUCUUAUUGUUUACGUCGCCAUUUUUAGCUUUUGCAUACAAAAGAAAACGUUUGGAGAAAGGAAAGAGAGUCUUGCACUGAAAGCUUAUCCCAGUAUUAUCUAAAUAUGAAUAUCAUGAUAAUAUGGCCCUGUCCAAAAUUGCGGUGGUUUCGUUUGCACGCAUCCGUGAAGUCCAUGGACCAUAUGGUGUCGUUUUAUGGGUGAGAAAGGUGCUCGAGAGCGCCCCCUUUGUACGCCAAGCGUACUGCUAAGUCUGUGGAGCAUUACUUCAACAAAGUGUGGAUCUGAGGAGUCAAGUACGCCAUUUGGGACAGGGUUUUUGAACUGUAGAUGACCAGCUCAUUCGAAACAGCGCCAUCUAGAGGUUGGAGUCACGCAUUGACACCUUUUAAUUUGGACUUUUGUUGCCUGAUUUCAUUAGAACAUCGUUUUUUUGUGUAUUUUUAUAUGAUCCCUGUUCUAGAAAUAGGAAAUGAACAUGAAUAAUUCUAGGAAACUGAUUUGGAAUUAUUCAUGUUUGUUUGUAAAUAUAGUUUAAUUUGAUUUAAUUUAGCUUUAUUUUAGGUUUUAUUGUUUGUUUUCUGUGUAUUUU